AUGUUGACGCUGCUCCUGCAACACCCCUGCGCGCUCGCCGCCGCCGCGGUCUCAGUCUACCUCGCGGCGAUUGCGAUCUAUCGACUCUACCUCUCGCCCAUCGCUCACUUCCCCGGUCCUCGUCUUGCCGCCUUGACCGUGUUCUACGAGUUCUACUGGGAGGCUGUCCGCAACGGCCAGUUCACAUUCCACAUUGGCGAGCUGCAUAAGAAAUACGGCUCCAUCGUCCGCAUCAGCCCGACCGAACUGCACGUCAACGACCCGGAGUUCUACGAAGUCCUCUACAGCCGCGACAGCCCCCGCAACAAAUACCCCUACUACCAGCGCACCUUCAACGCCCCCUACGCCCUGAUCACCUGCGAAGACCACUUCCGUCAUCGCCUGCUCCGCUCGCAGCUGAACCCCUUCUUCUCGGUCGCGCGCAUCCGCCAGCUCGAGCCGACGCUGAAGGCCCUGGUCGAUAAGCUAUGCCGCAGACUGGAGGAGCUGAAAUCCACCGGCAAGCCCAUCGCCAUCGAGUACCCUCUGACCUGCUACACGACCGACGUGAUCACCGACUACACCAUGGGCGACGGGUACCACUACCUCGACGAGCCGGACUUCAUCCCGCAGUGGCAGCAUAUGCUCUGCGGGACGGCGAAAACGCUCGUCUUCGUCCGGCCGGUUGCAUUCCUCCUCCCGCUCCUCGUCGCAAUGCCCGAGACUCUGACGGCGUGGUUGAAUCCGGGCAUGGAACUGUUCUUCGCCUUCCAGCACCGCUGCCGCACACGCAUCGCGGAAAUCGCGAAACGACAUCGUCAGUACGGACCGCUCGAGACCAAAGACGGGCGUCAGAAUCUGUUCGACAACGUCCUUUCCAGCAGUCUUCCGGAGCAGGAGAAGAGCGAGGCCCGACUCGCGCAGGACAUGCAGGUUUUUGUCUCGGCCGGUGCGGAAACCACAGCGAAGGCCAUGAGCUACAUCCUGUUCUACCUGCACAACGAACCGGCGCUGCUGCAGCGGCUGAAGGAUGAGCUGGCACCACUGGGCGAGGAUCCGGGCCUGAUCGAGCUGGAACAGUUGCCCUUUUUAACUGGCGUGAUGCUCGAAGGACUGCGUCUGUCGUACGGCGUCACUGCGCGACUCCCUCGCAUCGCCCCGUACAACGCUCUCGCGUACAAGGACUGGACCAUCCCGCCGGGUACACCCGUCAGCAUGAGCUGUCUCCUCAUGCACCACGACGAGUCCGUCUUCCCUGACUCGUACCGCUUCAACCCGGAGCGCUGGGUCGAGCCGGCGGAGCGGAAGCGCCUGGAGAAGUACAUGGUGGCGUUCUCGCGGGGCUCGAGGAUGUGUAUUGGGAUGCAACUCGCUCGCUCGGAGAUCCUCCUUGUGAUCUCGACUCUCCUUCGCCGGAUCAACUUCGAACUCUAUGAGACGACGAUCGAGGAUGUGCGCGUCGCACACGAUAUUUUCAUUCCAUUUGUCAAGAUGGAUAGCAAGGGCGUUCGGUUCCUGAUUAAGUGA